AGAUGAAUAUCAUUACAAUGCAUGGUUGCUAUUUGCUGACAUUUUAGCAAAAGCUUGUAAAGAUCAAGACUUGUCUUCUGGUUAACGUGUUUUCAUCACCUGUUCCCACGACAUGUUCUCAUGCUUGUGGUAUCACGUAUCACUCCCACAAGACUCAUUCACAAGAAACACACAAACACACGCAACCCACAGUCAUUUGAGACACUGGAAAAGAGCCCGGUGUGUUUGUGUGCCACUGUCAACUCAUCUGCAUGACAGUCUUCAGUCAAGACAAAACUUCAAGUGAACCAGAGCGACAUAAAUCCGUCAGGCCUGGAGAUUGCCAGGGGAGGCACUGCCUCACUUGCAUCCCCUGACCACCUGUCCCUGGUUGGAGGGUUCCCUGCACUCUCUUUUGUUCUUUUUGCUAACUUCUAGCCCUGUGAUCAACUUGCUGCUGCUUUGAAGGUUCCCAUAAACUACCCAACAUCAUCUGUAUAUGGAAGAACACCAUGAGAAAACUAAAUGCUCUGGUCUGAUUAGACAAAAGCUUGCAACAUUUGGCGUGAAUGUCAGGUGUCAGGUAUGGAGGAAAGUUGCGGAAAUUACUAUGUGACUUCCGCAACACGUCAGUAAUAAAAUCCUACACUUGAUAAAGGAGGAGGAGGGGUCCAGUCAAAAUUCAAAACGCUAUAAAUAGUCACGCUGCAUCUGGAAAAAGAAUGAAUAAAACACGUACAACCCGUCGAGGAAUCGUCAUACAACACCACAUUGAAUUUAAAUACACUUAUUUUGAAAGCAAAACAUUCACAAUUCCGGUUGCAUCCCGGCAAACAUUUGCUACAGCUGGAAGCUACUGUGAUCGUUCUACAUAUUCCAAUCACUUCAUAAAUUAAAGUAAAAAAGGAAAAAGAAAAAAGGACUUAUUUUUAGACGUUGCAGAAAAUGGUGGCCAAACAGAGGAUCCGCAUGGCGAACGAGAAGCACAGCAAGAACAUCACGCAGAGAGGAAACGUGGCCAAGACGCUGCGACCACAGGAGGAUAAGUAUCCAGUGGGCCCCUGGCUGCUUGCCCUUUUUGUAUUCGUUGUGUGUGGAUCAGCCAUAUUUCAGAUCAUCCAGAGUAUCCGUAUGGGAAUGUGAUCCAGAGACAUUACCUUCAGCACACCUCUGAUACCACCCACGCCGCUCCAAAAGGACCAAGGGACCGACCAGCAACAGGCUUCACAGAGAGAGAGCAAAAUUGCCUCCCAAGCCCGUACAUUGACUAGCAUCGCCUCCGCCUUGUUCUCAUUUGCAGUGUUGCAAUCUGUGGUGCUGACAGCUUUUCUAUGGACAGUCUCAAACCACGCCGGCUGUGUCUUGUUAAUCACUUGGCUCAUAUCUGUGUGAACGUGCGCACAUUCAAGUGUCCACAAGUACAAAUGUGAGAGACUGUUUAUGCACAUGAACGUGAUUCCUGCUGACCAUGUGCCAUACUUGCCUGUUGCAGCAUUCAUCUGUCUUGUGUGAGAAGACGCUUUUUAUUCUAAUAAAUGUUGUGCAUUUAGCAAAGGGCUUCAUUUUGUAGCCUCCCUCGCUGUGUCACACCCAUUGGACUGACUUUCCUCCCCAAUUACGAAGCAACCAAGCCACAAAUCAACAGACGCUUAUUUAGCAUUUUAAUGAAAGUUGAGUGCAGCUUUCAAGUGCAAUUGCAGUAUGUUAUGUUACAACUUCUCAUCCAGUCUUGCAGAAACAUGCACAAAACAUGAGCAUACAACCGAUACACAGAAGGAAAUGGAGAAAUGUCAAGAAGUUGCAGAUUGUUUCUUCUAAUGUUGAGCUAUUCAGAUACUUUCUAUCCAGAAGUAUUUCAGUGUCCAAAAACAAAACAAUAAAUCAUAAAAAAGUGCAGCAUCAGAAAAGGAAGAAAAUAAUGGGUUUUACAAUAAGAGUGAAUGUCGCAGUGGCAGUUCUAGAUAACAUUGUUGGCUGCACCUCGUCAGUUUAAAUAACCAAAGUCCUUAGAUCUUGAAAAUACAAGCUUUUAAAAAUAGACAACAGUUCGAGCAAGGUAAGCAUGUCGCUGCUCACGCCAUGUGACCAAGAUACUGAUGCAUCUGUUUCUCUUCCUCUCACUAUUUUACAUGUUUACUUACACUAUACAGAAAUGUACAUGUUCUUUUGCCUGCCAAACAAUGUUUCGUUUCCAUGCCACUGCAGAGCUAAGAAAUGUGAAAAGAAAUACUGAAAAUAAGAAAAAUUGUUCCACCAAAACCAAGUAACAAUCCAUCCCGCUGUUAUUUCGAAGAGCUUUGGGAUCCCCUCCCUCCCCAUUCCAGAUGGGAACUUGGUCUUGAUAUUUGCUCACAUUCGUUAUUUGUCA